AUGCUAGUGCAUAUAAACAUAGCAUUUACUUCUUGGAAUCUUCUUAUGAUUAAUCUUUCCACAUAUGACGAUAAUGGAUAUGAUAAUUUACAUGUGAAAUUAACAUAUACUCCAAAAGACUCUAAGGAUCUAUUAAUAAAUGCUAUUAAUAUUUCCACCGAGUUCCAGGAACUCGAAUGGAAAUUUAACCAUUUAUCAAAAAACCUAUCAAAUUGA